CGAGAGCAGGGGCUGGGGACCAAGAGCUUGAGGAGAAGGUGAAAACGUACCGCGUCAUCUGCUACUGCUGUUUUUCGUAGCUGCAUUGCAUCAAGCUAGGUAGUCGAAAGCUACUUCCCCUCUCUUCAUCGUCUCGUCGUCACAGCUUUCACUUCUUCAUAUUCUCUUCCACUGCCAUCUCUACUUCGACAAUCAACUUCUAUAGCUUUGGAAGUAUCACAAAACCAAUACGAGGAGACUACGACAGCAGUUUUCAACAUGAUUUCCCCCGAUCAGGUCAUCGACGUCUUGAAGACGAAGGCUACCUCCAGCCUGCUGGUGCCUACCUCCUCCUCCUCUCCAACCCCCUUCCCCCAACCAACUGCUAUCCCAAACCGACCUCACUAUGAGGAAGUUGGUGAGACCGGCACGAAGACCCUCUGGGUUGUGUUCGUGAUCAUGUUGCUAUCCAGCUUGGCAUUCAUUGCCAUGUCAUGGAGAGUUCCAGUUCAAAAGAGACUCUUCCAUGUUAUCACCACCCUCAUUACCACCUUCGCUACCAUCUCUUACUUCGCCAUGGCUACCGGUGAUGGAAACUCAUACGCCCACAUUGUCAUCAAGGAGGCACACAAGCACGUCCCAGACACCUUCGAGGAUGUUUUCCGUCAAGUCUUCUGGGCUCGUUACAUUGAUUGGAGUUUGACCACACCUCUCUUGCUUUUGGAUCUUGCUUUCCUUGCUGGCUUGGAUGGAGCUUCCAUCCUCGUUGCCAUCGUUGCAGAUCUCAUAAUGGUUCUCCUCGGUCUCUUCGCUGCUUUCGGCCAGACUGAUGGUCAGAAGUGGGGAUACUAUGCUAUGGCUUGCAUUGCCUACCUUGUUAUCGUCUACCAGUUGGUCAUCCCCGGCCGUCGUGCUGUUAUGGCCAAGGACAGCAGCACUGCCAAGCUCUUCGCCUCCAUUGGUGGAUUCACCUUGAUCCUCUGGACACUCUACCCAAUCGUUUGGGGUAUUGGUGAUGGUGCUCGUAAGUGGUCUGUUGAUGCCGAGAUCAUUGCCUAUGCUGUUCUCGAUGUUCUUGCCAAGCCCGUCUUUGGUUUCUGGCUUCUGUUUGCUCAUGCCAGAAAUGCUCAAAGCAUUGAGGGAUUCUGGAGCAAUGGUCUCAACCACGAGGGUGCUCUGAGAGUCGGUGAUGACGAGUAAAUUACUC